AUGGAGAAAGAGACCGGCGUUACCCGUGACCCCGUCGUCCAGGGUCUCGCCGUGACCGACGAUGUCAACGCCAUUGAGGCCCCUGUCACCUGGAAGGCUUACCUGAUCUGUGCCUUUGCUUCCUUCGGAGGUAUCUUCUUCGGUUAUGACUCCGGCUACAUCAACGGUGUAUUGGGCUCCCCAAUCUUCAUCGAUGCCGUCGAGGGCCAAGGCGCCACCGCGAUUAGCGAAUCCCACCAGUCCCUUAUCGUCUCUAUUUUGUCCUGCGGUACCUUCUUUGGCGCCCUGAUUGCCGGUGACCUGGCCGACAUGAUGGGCCGCAAGUGGACUGUCAUUCUUGGCUGCCUGAUCUACAUGAUCGGUGUCAUAAUCCAGAUGAUCACCAACGCCCACUCUGCUCUGGGUCCCAUUGUCGCUGGUCGUCUCAUCGCUGGUGUCGGUGUGGGUUUCGAGUCUGCCGUCGUCAUCUUGUACAUGUCUGAGAUUUCUCCCAAGAAGGUUCGUGGCGCUCUUGUCUCCGGCUACCAGUUCUGCAUCACCAUUGGUCUGCUCCUGGCUGCCUGCGUCGUCUACGCUACCAAGGACCGCACCGACACCGGCAACUACCGCAUUCCCAUCGCCAUCCAGUUCCCCUGGGCUCUCAUUCUGGGCGGCGGUCUCAUGCUGUUCCCCGACUCCCCUAGAUACUUCGUCAAGAAGGGUAGAAUUGCCGAUGCCGCACGCUCCCUCUCCCGCCUCCGUGGCCAGCCCGAGAACUCCGAGUACAUUCAGGUCGAGCUUGCUGAGAUCGUUGCCAACGAGGAGUACGAGCGCCAGCUCGUCCCUAACACUACCUGGUUCGGCAGCUGGGCCAACUGCUUCAAGGGCUCCGUCUUCAAGGCCAACUCCAACUUGCGCAAGACCAUCCUCGGUACUUCUCUUCAGAUGAUGCAGCAGUGGACCGGUGUCAACUUCAUCUUCUACUAUUCGACCCCCUUCCUCAAGUCCACUGGCGCCAUCAGCAACACCUUCUUGAUUUCUCUCAUCUUCACCCUCGUCAACGUCCUCUCCACUCCAUUGUCCUUCUGGACGGUUGAGAGAUUCGGUCGCCGGACUAUCCUGCUUUUCGGUGCCCUCGGUAUGCUGAUCUGCCAGUUCAUCGUUGCCAUUGUCGGUGUCACUGUCGGUUUCAACCACACCCAUCCCGAUCCUUCCGACAGCACUCAGAGCAUCGCCAACAAUAUUUCUGCUGUCAACGCUCAGAUCUCCUUCAUUGCCAUCUUCAUCUUCUUCUUUGCUUCCACUUGGGGUCCUGGUGCCUGGGUUCUCAUUGGUGAGAUCUUCCCUCUGCCCAUGCGCUCCCGCGGCGUUGCCCUCUCCACCGCCUCCAACUGGCUCUGGAACACCAUCAUCGCUGUCAUCACCCCUUACAUGGUCGGUGAGGACCGCGGCAACCUCAAAUCGUCCGUCUUCUUCGUCUGGGGCGGUCUCUGCACAUGCGCCUUCGUCUACACCUACUUCUUGGUCCCCGAGACGAAGGGUCUGUCUCUGGAGCAGGUUGACAAGAUGAUGGAGGAGACUGUUCCCCGUACCUCGGCCAAAUGGGUGCCGCACGAGACCUUCGCCUCUCAGGUCGCCCGCAACGGCGUCUUGGAUAAGGUUACCGUUGACAAUGUCGAGCGCCGCGCUUCCAAUGUUUAA